UUGCUUGUUACAGACAGAGGUCCCUCCAUGAGAGGGAAGGAGAAGGGCUUUGCUUCAAGUCGUGCAGCGAUAUAUCCUUCAUUAAAUACACUUCACUGCAUCAUUCACCAGACGCAGUCCUGUAUGGUAAGUUGUCUGGGGACUUGAAAAAAAAAAAAAGGAUGUUGUGAAGAGAUUAGUGAACUACAUAUGCUCAACUUCUAGCUUGCAACAUCGUCUUUUUAAAGCUCUUUUAUAAGACAUUUCAGCCAAAUAUAGGGACCUGUUGCAGCACAAUGAUAUUUGCUGGUUAAGUAGGGGGUACGUGUUAGAGAUAUUUUGUGCACUUUAAAAAGAAAUAAUAAAAUUUAUUUCAAACCACAAGACCAAUAAGGCUUGUGAGUUCCUAGAUGUCCCUUCUAUGUCACAGGUAUCUUUUGAUGUCCCUUCUAUGUCACAGGUAUCUUUUCAGUGCGAUACUACUGAUCACUUGAAUUCCCUCAAUUUGCAGCUCCAAGGCCGUGCAAGCUGUAUUGGGGAUCUGUCUGAAAAAGUGUAUGUCUAUCAGAGGAAUCUUGCAAUCUUUCAGACAGACUUAACAGAAAAGAUGUUGCACUUUCCCACAUUGAGUGAUGUUGUUACAGAUGAAACCUCGAUGAAAGCAAUGCAAAAGUUCCUAAACGAUCUGAAUGAAAAUUUUAAAAUGCGAUUUGAAAAUUUUAAAAUCCGAAGGGAUUUGCUAUUAUUUGUUCGUAAUCCGUUUUUGGUCUCUGCGGAUGGACCUUGCUCUUCUGAAGCAAAGAACAUUCUUGUUCUCCAAGUGCUUGCCCAUGUCCAUUCCAAUGUAGGUGUGUGCUUGCCCCGAGCUCUGCCACCAGAAAGUUUUCCCCUCAGUGGUAUCUGUCACACUGACUCUGGUGCACCCUGGAGUCGCAUGGUCAUAGUGCUGAUAGAAAGGGUCCUGACGACCCGCCACCCCCUCAGCUCCUUCUUACUUCCAAUGAGGGUUGCUGGAACUACAGUUUGUCCUUGUGUUUCACAUAUACUCCUUCAGUGGACUUGGAUUCUUUUAUUUUGUAUAGUCAUCUCUAUUUGUAGUCGUUACAUUUCAGUUGUUAAGACAGUUAGGAUAGCAAACCCCGCUCAGCGGGGUAAGUCCCUCUGGGCACCAGGGAUGCCUCAGUCUCCAGAGUUUGUCUUGUGCUUCAUGCCACAAGUCUCAGUGACCCCCAUUCUAGCUGACUAAGUGCCUGGGGAAUCUCACAUGUGGAAGCGCUGCAAGAUCUCCUCAUGGAGGCAGCACUUCAUUAUCCCUUGGUGCCAAGUCACUCCAUCUUCUCUUAGGAGAGUCAACGCUGCUUCACAUCUCCAGCACCGGAAAAGAAUGCUCCUUCUGCUUCUCAGGACUCCUGGCACCGUCCAUCAUCCCUGGUGCAGAAGAUGACGACUAUGGUAAGGGACUCUCAGCACUGUUCUCCACUGGUGCCGAGAAAGAAGCAGAAGAAGAUGGACAGAAAGUGAUCCCCAACUCAGAGGUCUGCGGGGCAAAGAGAUGGUAGCAGAGUGCAACCCAUGUUGCACCACUCUGAGGCUCCUGCAACUCAUCUGGUGCCAUUGACUCCAACCCCGGAACAGGCACCAUUUAGUCUGGCACCAAUGGACUGUCCACUACAAGAGAGUCGUCAAAAGGGAAACCGGUCAUGAUGGCAUAGCCCCGGUCCCCUCCCUCCUGGCACUGUUUGCUAGCACCGCUCCUCCCUGAUCUUCUAAAAGGGAAUCCUCAGAGGCAGAGUUGUAUGUCUCCUGCAAGAGCCAGCAUCAACACUCUAGCUGACAUCCCCCGAUGACAGACCCAAGCCAGGGCAUCCCACCUGCAAGGCUUGGCCACCUGCACUGUGGCAGGUGCCAGCACAGUGACUGUUCUGGAACCCUUGGGCUUUUCCUCCAAUCCCGGGGACACAUUCCAGAAGGUCUUAUUCCGUAUCGGAAUCUAGAGCACCCCCACUUCUCCUCUCGGAGCAGGACCCUAGUUCCGGUAUCGAGCUUGGUACUGAAUAUCAAGACCCAGAACCGUGAGACCCAACCAAUGCAGUCAUACUGCUCUCUUACAUACAGUGCAACUCCACCAUCUUUUCUCCCCCACCCGUCCUUCCUGAACAAUUUAUACACAUCCAUGAUAGUGCUCCAAUCAUGUGAGUUACCCUACCAAGUCUCUGUUAUUUCAAUCAUAUCAUAAUUCUCCUUCUUCCCUUUUUAAAAGAUGGGCACUAUAUUUGCCUUUUUCCAAUCAUCCGGGAUCUCCCCCGAUCGUCGUCUACCUCAUCCUCCUGGUCCAGUGGUCUAUAGCAGAUGUCCAACACGACAACACCCUGGCAGCUCUCGCCUCUAAACUUAACCCAAAGACUCUCAACAGGCAUUUCUCCAGCUUCAUACCGGAGCUCUGAGCAGUCAUACCGCUCUCUUACUUACAGUGAAACUCACCCACCUUUUCUCCCCCACCUGUCCUUCCUGAACAGUUUAUACCCAUCCAUGACAAGUUACCCCAUGUGAGUUACCCCACCAAGUCUGUUAUUCCAGUCACAUCAUAGGUCCUUGACUGUGCCAGGACUUUCAGUUCUUCCUGCUUGUUUCCCAGACUUCUUGCGUUCGUGUACAGGCACCUAAGAUAACUAGCUGAUUGCCCUACUUUCUCAGUGUGAAUCAGGAGUCCUCCCCUGUUGCACUCUCCUCCUUGUGUUUCCUCCCGGUAUUCCACUUACCUCAGAGCUUAGGUCUCCAUCCCCCGACAAACCUAGUUUAAAGCCCUCCUCGCUAGGUU